CCGGCUUUCUAAGGUUGCCCGGACCGCCAGCCCUCCAGUUGCUUUCUCCACCAGAUUUUCAGAUACUGAUGUUACAAACAAUAAAAUAUUGGAACAUAGAGUUGAGGAAAAGACUUAAAUCAGAUUUUGCUGUUGUUAGUUAAGGAUAUGGAUCCUGAAUCAGAGGGACCACCAAUUACAACAGUGACGCCGCUUCAGCAAAUGUUCGCCUCUUGCACUGGAGCUAUACUGACAUCACUGAUGGUGACACCCUUUGAUGUUGUUAAAAUUCGACUCCAAGCCCAAAACAACCCAUUCCCCAAAGGAAAAUGUUUUCUAUAUAGUAACGGACUUAUGGAUCAUCUGUGUGUCUGUGAAGAGGAAGGCAACAAAGCAUGGUAUAAGAAGCCAGGACGUUUCCAGGGAACAUUGGAUGCUUUUUUGAAAAUCAUUCGAAAUGAGGGCAUUAAAUCCCUAUGGAGUGGCCUUCCUCCUACGUUAGUGAUGGCAGUUCCUGCCACAGUUAUUUAUUUUACCUGCUAUGAUCAAUUAACUGCUCUUCUGAGAUCUAAAUUAGGAGAAAAUGAAAGCCGCAUACCAAUCGUUGCUGGAAUCAUGGCCAGACUUGGCGCAGUGACUGUAAUAAGUCCACUGGAAUUGAUCAGAACCAAGAUGCAAUCUAAGAAGUUUUCUUAUGAGGAACUGCAUCGAUUUGUCAGCAAGAAAGUAUCUGAAGAUGGUUGGAUUUCCCUCUGGAGGGGCUGGGCUCCUACCAUUCUUAGAGAUGUACCAUUCUCAGCAAUGUACUGGUAUAACUAUGAAGUCUUAAAGAAGUGGUUGUGUGCAAAAUCUGGCUUAUAUGAACCAACAUUUAUGAUCAACUUUACCUCAGGGGCGUUGUCUGGUUCUUUUGCAGCUGUUGUAACUUUGCCAUUUGAUGUGGUAAAAACACAAAAGCAGACACAACUUUGGAUAUAUGAAAGCCAGAAAAUUUCUAUGCCUUUGCAAAUGUCAACCUGGACUAUCAUGAAGAACAUUGUUGCUAAGAACGGAUUUUCUGGAUUAUUUACAGGACUGAUUCCUCGUUUAAUUAAAAUUGCUCCUGCUUGUGCUGUUAUGAUCAGUACAUAUGAAUUUGGAAAGUCUUUUUUCCAGAAACAAAAUGCUCAAAGACAGCAAUAUUAG